GACAGAAGUGGACACGUCGCCGCAUAUUCAUCGUGUCUCAUUAAAAACCGCUCCCCGUCUAAAAAUUGUUAUAAACAAUUCAGUUCGCGAGUGAGAAAGUGAUCUCUUGCCGAAGCAGUCUAUUUUUAUCUUCAGUGUUGUGCGUGUUUGGAUUAACUUGAUAAGAAAAUGGGCAAAAUCAAGGCUGGACCGGUCGUUGACAUCCUGGGCGAUGAAAUGACCAGGAUCAUCUGGGAUUCCAUCAAAGAAAAACUCAUUCUGCCGUUCCUCGACAUCGAACUGCACGUCUACGAUUUGGGCAUCGAGAACCGCGACAAAACCAACGAUCAGGUAACCAUCGAUUGUGCCAACGCCGUUAAAAAAUACAACGUUGGAAUUAAGUGUGCCACCAUAACACCCGAUGAGAAACGAGUGGAAGAGUUCAAAUUGAAGGAAAUGUGGAAAUCACCUAAUGGUACCAUCAGAAAUAUUCUUGGAGGAACUGUAUUCAGGGAGGCCAUUAUUUGCAAGAACAUCCCCAGGUUGGUGAGUGGUUGGAACCAGCCUAUCAUUAUUGGUCGUCAUGCCCAUGCUGACCAAUACAAAGCCACAGAUUUUGUGGUGCCUGGUGAGGGCAAACUGGAGCUGAUCUUCACGUCUAAAUCAGGAGAAACUAUCAAACAUACUGUACAUGAUUACAAGGGAGCUGGUGUGGCCCUUGGAAUGUUCAACACAGAUGAAUCCAUCACAGACUUCGCUCACUGUUGUUUCAAAUAUGCCUUGGAUAGGGGAUACCCGUUAUAUUUGUCCACCAAAAACACAAUUCUGAAGAAAUACGACGGCAGAUUCAAGGACAUUUUCCAGAACAUCUACGACACACAAUAUAAACCCCAAUAUGAGGCCAAGAAAAUCUGGUAUGAGCACAGACUCAUUGAUGAUAUGGUGGCCUAUGCCAUGAAAUCUGAAGGAGGCUUCGUAUGGGCAUGCAAAAACUACGACGGUGACGUGCAAUCCGACUCAGUAGCUCAGGGAUAUGGAUCAUUGGGAUUGAUGACCUCAGUGUUGAUCUGCCCUGAUGGUAAAACUGUAGAAUCUGAGGCUGCUCACGGCACUGUGACUCGGCACUACAGACAAUACCAGAAAGGACAGGAGACUUCAACUAAUCCCAUCGCAUCGAUUUUCGCCUGGACCAGAGGCUUAGAACACAGGGCGAAGUUGGAUAACAAUAAGGAACUGGAGAAAUUCGCUAAGACUCUGGAAGAAGUUUGCAUUGAUACCAUUGAGUCUGGAUUCAUGACUAAGGAUUUGGCGAUUUGUAUUAAGGGUAUGAACAACGUGAAGAGGUCUGACUAUUUGGAGACCUUUGAAUUUAUGGAUAAACUGGCUGAAAACCUUAAGAAAAGAGUUUCAAUCUGACUGAAUUCUAAACUAUGAUUUUUUGUGUUCUGCAUUUACGUGAAAUGUAUCAAAUACGUAUUUUUGUGACUGAAUUUUUCAUAUUAUCUAUUUUACAGAUAAGGUGAAGGAAUAUUUUUUGAAUAAAAAAGUAUUAUAAUACAUAUGUUCAUCA